ACACCCCUGGUCACACUACACCCGGCCUUCCACAUGUGUUUUUGUUGAUGCUGCUUGUUAUUUACCAAAUUUCUUAAAUUAAAACUAAAUUACACAAAGAAAAUGAGUGGACAAGAAGACGAGACUAUAGUUUGCCUGCCAGGCGAGCGCCUUUGCCCCACAGAAGACAAUAUAGUCUUGGGCGUGGGCACAUACGAACAGAAUGGCUAUAUCUAUGCCUCCAAGUCCGGCAUUGUGAACAUCGAUGAGUCCGGCGAAAACUGCCAGAUUGUGAGUGUGCACAAGCCAGGCUUCCAUCUGACCAUCCCAGCCACCGGAGACGUGGUCACCGCCCGCGUUUUGGUCACAACUCCGAAAUUCGCCAAGUGCGCCAUUUUCUGUGUGAGGAAUGUCCUGCUAGAGAGCAGCUAUCGAGGCCUCCUGCGAAAGGAGGAUGUGCGAGAGACGGAAAAGGACCGCGUUGACAUCUACAAAUCCUUCAAGCCGGGCGACGUGAUCCUGGCCCGUGUGAUCAAUCAAAUGGAGCAGUCUUUCCUCCUCACAACUGCUGAAAACGAGCUCGGAGUGGUCAUUGCUUAUGCCAGCGAUGCUCGAAAGAAUCGCGUGCCAAUGGUACCCGUGGGCUGGAGCGAGAUGCAGUGUCCCCAGACCACGAUAAAGGAGCCACGUAAAGUUGCCAAAGUCCUGCCGGAAAGCUCAAUAAACGAUGUGAAAUAAG